CACAGACUGGAGGCCAUGUUGUACGCCCUGGACCAGAUCAACAAUGAUCCCGAAAUCCUCCCCAACUUGACCCUGGGCGCCCGGAUCCUGGACACAUGCUCCCGGGAUAUCUACGCCCUGGAACAGUCGCUGACCUUCGUCCAGGCCCUGAUUCAAAAGGAUACCUCGGAUAUCCGGUGCUCCGACGGGGGGCUGCCCAUCAUUCCCAAACCGGAAAGGGUCAUCGGGGUCAUAGGGGCCUCAGCCAGCUCUGUCUCCAUCAUGGUGGCCAACAUCCUGCGGCUCUUCGCGAUCCCUCAGAUUAGUUAUGCGUCGACCGCCCCUGAACUCAGCGACAACAAUCGCUACGACUAUUUCUCGCGGGUGGUGCCUCCCGACUCCUACCAGGCACAGGCCAUGGUGGACAUCGUCAAGGCGCUGGGCUGGAACUACGUCUCCACCAUCGCCUCGGAGGGCAACUACGGCGAGAGCGGCGUCGACGCCUUCGCUCAGAUCUCCAGGGAAGCCGGUAAGGGCCUGGUCUGGGGCGUCUGCAUCGCCCAGUCUCUGAAAAUCCCCCGGGAGCCCAAACCGGGCGAAUUCGACAAGAUCAUCCACCGACUGAUGGAGACGCCCAACGCCCGCGGGAUCAUCAUCUUCGCCAACGAGGACGAUAUCCGGAGGGUGUUGAAAGCAGCCAACAUGGCCAACCUGACCGGCCACUUCCUGUGGGUGGGCUCGGACAGCUGGGGGGCAAAGGCCUCACCCGUGCUGCACCAGGAGGAGGUGGCCGAGGGAGCGGUGACCGUCUUGCCGAAGAGGGCGUCCAUCGAGGGUUUUGACGAGUACUUCACCAGCCGGACGCUGCAGAAUAACCGCAGGAACAUCUGGUUUGCCGAGUUCUGGGAGGAUGACUUCGCCUGUACCCUGACCAUCCCCCAGGGACGGCACCAUCGCGGUGUCAACAAGUGUACAGGUCAGGAGCAGAUCGGCCUGGACUCGGCCUACGAGCAGGAGGGGAAGGUGCAGUUCGUCAUUGACGCUGUCUACGCCAUGGCGCACGCCCUGCACAACCUGCAGCGCGACGUGUGCGCGGGGGCCACCGGGCUCUGCGCCAACAUGGACGCCAUUGACGGCAAAACGCUCCUGGAAUACAUUCGCGCCGUCAACUUCAACGGGAGUGCCGGGACGUCAGUGAUGUUCAACGAGAACGGCGACGCACCGGGGCGUUAUCACAUCUUCCAGUAUCACCACACCAACACCAGCACUCCAGGGUACAAGGUCAUCGGGCAAUGGACAGACCAGCUCAGGAUGAAUCUGGAGGAGAUGCAGUGGGGCGGAGGGGGUAGAGGGAUCCCGACGUCGGUGUGCAGUUUGCCGUGCCAGGCUGGUGAGAGGAAGAAGAUGGUGAAGGGGGUGCCGUGCUGCUGGCACUGCGAGCUCUGCGACGGUUACCGCUACCAGAUCAGCGAGUCCGAGUGCGCCCCGUGCCCCCUGGACAUGAGGCCGGGCCGCAACCGCACCGGCUGCGUGCCCACCCCAGUGGCCAAGCUGGAGUGGCACUCCGCCUGGGCGGCGGUGCCCGUGGCCCUGGCCGGGCUGGGCGUGCUGUCAACCGGCGCCACCGCCCUGGUGUUCGCCCGCCACCGGCACACCCCCAUCGUCCGCGCCUCCGGCCGGGAGCUGAGCGGCGUGCUGCUCUGCGGGAUCUUCCUGAGCCACGCCACCGCCUUCCUGAUGGUGGCGGAGCCGGGCGCCGCCGUCUGCGCCCUGCGGCGCCUCCUGCUGGGCCUGGGCACCGCCAUCACCUACUCGGCCCUGCUGACCAAGACCAACCGCAUCUACCGCAUCUUCGAGAGGGGCAAGCGCUCGGUGACGCCGCCCCGGUUCAUCAGCCCGGCCUCCCAGCUGGUCAUCACCGCGGCGCUGGUCUCCGUGCAGCUGCUGGGGGUCGCGGUCUGGCUGGGGGUCCGGCCACCGCACGCCACCGUGGAUUACGAGGAGCAGCGGCCGCCGGAGCCGGAACGGGCGCGCGGGCUCCUCAAGUGCGAUAUGUCGGAGCUCUCCAUCCUCGGUUGCCUCGGCUACAGCCUGCUCCUGAUGGUCACCUGCACCGUCUACGCCAUCAAGAGCCGCGGCGUCCCCGAGACCUUCAACGAGGCCAAGCCCAUCGGCUUCACCAUGUACACCACCUGCAUCAUCUGGCUCGCCUUCGUCCCCAUCUUCUUUGGCACAGCCGGCUCCGCGGAGAAGAUGUACAUCCAGACCACGACGCUGACCGUCUCCAUGAGCCUGAGCGCCUUCGUUUGCCUGGGGAUGCUCUACCUGCCCAAGGUCUACGUCAUCGUACUCCACCCGGAGCAGAACGUCCAGCGGCGCAAACGCAGCUUCAAGGCCGCGGCCACCAUGGCUAGCGUCGCCUCGCGCCUCUCCCAGCGCUCGCACAACGAGAGAGAUGGAGACACACAGAUAGUGACAGAGAGAUACAGAGAGAUGGUGUGUGUGAGAGAGAGAGAGAGAGGGAGACACAGAUAGUGACAGAGAGAUACAGAGAGAGAUGGUGUGUGUGUGAGAGAGAGAGAGAUGGAGACCCAGAUAGUGACAGAGAGAUACAGAGAGAUGGUGUGUGUGUGAGAGAGAGGGAGACCCAGAUAGUGACAGAGAGAUAGAGAGAGAUGGUGUGUGUGUGUGAGAGAGAGAGAUGGAAACACAGAUAGUGACAGAGAGAUACAGAGAGAGAUGGUGUGUGUGUGUGAGAGAGAGAGAUGGAGACACAGAUAGUGACAGAGAGAUACAGAGAGAGAUGGUGUGUGUGUGAGAGAGAGAGAGAUGGAGACCCAGAUAGUGACAGAGAGAUACAGAGAGAUGGUGUGUGUGUGAGAGAGAGGGAGACCCAGAUAGUGACAGAGAGAUAGAGAGAGAUGGUGUGUGUGUGUGAGAGAGAGAGAUGGAAACACAGAUAGUGACAGAGAGAUACAGAGAGAGA